UGUUGCAGUGAGAGCAGAGUUUGGUGAACACACCUUCUAAUAAGAGCAGAAAAGCGUCAGUAUUAGUUUAGUGUGAGCUGUGUGGAACAUGUGCAGCCUUCAGAGUGUGAAGCUUUUCGUCCAGCAGCGGCUAACUGCGGCUGUGGAGGAGAUAUUUGGACAUUUAGAGAAAACAAUAACCGAGUAUGAAGAGGAGAUCCACCGCAGACACCGCAGGCUGCUGGACGAGCUUUUAAAAGCUGAAACUAAGCAGCGAAAAGCAGUUUUACCUUUAGAUGUGCGAAAAGUGAUUGUUGGUGAGGAAGAGAAGCAGGUGAAGAGUUCCACUGUGGACCAGGAGGACCCAGAUCCUCCACACGUUAAAGAGGAACAUGAGGAACAGGAGGAAGUCUGGACCAGUCAGGAGGGAGAGCAGCUUCAAGAACUGGAGGAAGCUGAUAUCACCAAGUUCACAUUGACACCUGUUCCUGUGACGAGUGAAGAUGAUGAAGAGAAACCUCAGUCCUCACAUCUUCAUCAAAGACAAACUGAAAAUAUGAAAACAGAAGCUGAUGGAGAGGACUGUGGAGGGUCAGAACCAGACAAGAAUGUAAAACCAGAUACACAUUUACAACCUAAUGCUGAAGACAAGACUUCAAACUCUUCUGUGACUGACACUGAUGACAGUGAUGAAUGGAAGGAGAGCAGUGAAGCUCAGUCAGAUUUAAAGUCUCCUGACAGUUGUAAUGCUAGCAAGAAAUUAUUUAGCUGCUCCGAAUGUGACAAAACAUUUAGUCAAAAGGGACACCUGGUCAUACAUCGGAGAAUUCAUACAGGGGAGAAACCUUUUAGUUGCUCAGUGUGUGGUAAGAGAUUUGUAUGUGAGGGAUCUCUCAAGAGACAUAUGAGAAUUCACACAGGAGACAACCCGUUUAGUUGUUCAAUUUGUGGUAAAAGACUAGUAUGUAAAGGAUCUCUUAGGAGACAUAUGAUAAUUCACACUGGAGAGAAACCUUUCAGCUGUUCACUUUGUGGUAAAUCUUUUACUCAGUCAGGUCUGGAGUACCACCUGAAGACUCACACAGGAGAGAAACCUUUUAGUUGCUCAAUUUGUGGUAAAAAAUUUGUAUGCAAGGGGUCACUUAGGAGACAUAAGAGAAUUCACACAGGAGAAAAACCCUUUAGUUGUUCAAUUUGUGCUAAAAGAUUCAAUCGGAAGGUGACUUUGCAGCUACACAUGAGAAUCCACACAGGAGAGAAGACAUUUAGCUGCUCUGAAUGUGGUAAACAAUUUGGCUUCAAAAGAUACCUACAGGGACAUAUGAGAAUCCACACAGGAGAGAAACCAUUUAGCUGCUCCUUUUGUUGUUUCAAAUUUAAUAAAAAGGGAAAUCUGCAGAGACACAUGAGAAUCCAUUCAAGAGAAACUACUGAAGUUAGCUUUGUGUUCAAAAUGUCUAAAGUCCAAAUGCUGAGAGCGUCGGUGAAUCAGAGACUAACUGCGGCUGCUGAAGAGAUAUUUGUGCUGUUUGAAAGAACGAUAGCAGAGUACGAGGAGGAACUUUCUCGAUCUAAAGAGGAGAACAAGCGACAACGCAAACUACUGGACGCUGUUUUCAAGCCUCAACUUCAACUACACAGAGCAGUGUUUCCUGCAGAUGUUCAGCAGCUGUUGGAGACUAAAGAAGAGGUUUCACCUGAACAGCAGGAGAGGAGCUCCAGUCUGGACCAGGAGGAACCAGAUCCUCCACACAUUAAAGAGGAACAGGAGGAAGUCUGGACCAGUCAGGAGGGAGAGCAGCUUCAAGGACUGGAGGAGGCUGAUAUCACCAAGUUCAUAUUCACUUCUGUCCCGCCUGAAGAUGAUGAAGAGAAACCUCAGUCUUCACAGCUUCAUCAAACACUAACUGAAGAGAACAAAGACUUGGUGGUAUGUGAGAAAACCAGUAACUCAGACCCAGACAGACAUUUACUAGCAGAGACUGAUCACAGGAGUUCUGACUAUUUUGAGGCUGAAGUCAGAGAUGAUCUGUGGACAGAGAUCAGUGAACCUCAGCCAAGUUUAAACUAUAUGAGCAAUAUUGAAGCCCUUAUCAGUGAUAUGAAAUGUAAUACUAUCAAGAAGCGACACAAGUGCUUUGAGUGUGUAAAGGCUUUGUACGAAAGGAAGGUCUGGCUCAGCAUGUACGGCUCCACACAGGAGAGAAACCAUUCAGCUGCAGUGUUUGUAAUAAAAGGUUCACCUGGCCAGCUCAGGUCAGACAACACCACUGUACAGGAGAGUCUUCACAGUGUCACACGGUGGAGCCUCCAGCCUCCAGCUCAGCUCUGCACAUGGAGACAGAAGCUGAUGGAGAGUGUUGGACUGUUGAGGAUCAGAACCAGAGCAGAGGAGCCGCGCUACUCCGAACAUUACGGUAACCACGCUGAACAUUACGGUAACCACACUGAACAUUACGGUAACCACGCUGAACAUUACGGUAACCACGCUGAACAUUACGGUAACCACGCUGAACAUUACGGUAACCACGCUGAACAUUACGGUAACCACGCUGAACAUUACGUGUUUCCUGCAGAUGUUCAGCAGCUGUUGGAGACUAAAGAAGAGGUUUCCCCUCAGCAGCAGGAGAGGAGCUCCAGUCUGGACCAGCAGGACCCAGAUCCUCCACAUAUUAAAGAGGAACAGGAGGAAGUCUGGACCAGUCAGGAGGGAGAUCAGCUUCAAGGACUGGAGGAGGCUGAUACCACCAAGUUUACAUUCACUCCUGUUCCUGUGAAGAGUGAAGAUGAUGAAGAGAAACCUCAGUCCUCACAUCUUCAUCAAACACUAACUGAACAGAUGGAAACAGAAGCUGAUGGAGAGGACUGUGGAGGAUCAGAACCAGACAGGAACUCACAUCCAGAUACACAUUUACUACCUGAUCCUGAUGACAAGACUCCAGACUCUUCUGAGACUGAUAUCAGUGAUGAUGACUGGACCGAGAGGGAAUCAGAUUUAAAUGGUUUUAAAAGUAAUGUAAGUCAUUCUGACAAAGAAUCAUUUAUCUGCUCUGAGUGUGGAAAAACAUUUGGCCACAAGACAAAUCUGAAGAGACACAUGAGAUGUCACACAGGAGAAAAACCAUUCAACUGCUCAUUCUGUAAUAAAAGUUUCAACCGGAGGGAACACUUGAUCGCUCACAUGAGAUGUCAUUCAGGAGAAAAACCUUUUGUCUGCUCAGUUUGUAACACCAGUUUCAGUCAUGGUUGGUCAUUGGACAAACACAUGAGAGUCCAUACUGGAGAGAAACCCUUCUGUUGCUCACUUUGCAGUAAAAGAUUCAGGCAGCGUUCAGAUUUGGUGGCACACUUUCGAAUUCACACAGGAGAAAAACCUUUUUCCUGCUCGGUCUGUAACACGAGUUUCACUCAGCGCCACACUCUGGUUCAGCACAUAAGAACACAUACUGGGGUGAAACCUUUUAUUUGUUCAGUUUGUGGUAAAAGAUUUUCACGAAAGGGACAUAUGACAAGACACAUGACGGCUCACACUGGGGAGAAACCGUUCAGCUGCAGUGUUUGUGACACUAGAUUCACUUGGCAGUCACAGUUUAAAAGACAUGAGUGUGCUGGAGAGAGCAGCGGUGCUAAAUGA